AUGAGAACAUGGGAGUUCAAAGUGAAUAAUAUGGGUCCUGUAAGAUCUGUGGCUGGGAUGUCACCAUUUGUACAUAUUCCAGUUGUGAUCUAUAAAUGGAUUGCAGAUAGAAUUAGUUCUAGAUCUGCAAACACUCAUUAUAGUGGGUCUGAUUUAAUUAAUCGUGUUUUACUACCUUCUCGGUUGGCUACCGCUCUCGGUUCACUUUUUAUAGACAUGUUCAUACUAUCUUCUUGCAUGCACAUUCAUCAUUCGCGUACAUUAAAGCUAACAAGAGUUCAGCAUUUCUUGAGUUUUAUCCGAUAUAAUUCUGUGCCAACUGCAUCAUUGCUUUAUGCAUCAUGUGCAUUCGGUGGAAUUCUAUUGUCUACUCGUACAAUUGUUAAUACAUGGGAGUCAAUCUAUGUCUCUGUAUUUGGUCUAUUAUUCUUUGAAAUACUGAAUCAUAUAAAGAGAUCUGAUGUUCUACAAGGAAAACAAUAUUUCAUUACUAUUCUUAUAUGCAUUCAAUCUUCACUUAUUGUAUGGGCUAGCUUUUUACGCCCUACUUAUCUACUGUUCAUCCUUCCUAUAGGGAUUAUUGAACUAGUAUUUUUAGUCGCAAAAUUUAAAAUCAUUUUUAUUGCUACUCGUCUACCUAUUAUUGUGUUUGUUAUUUUAUGUAAUACCUUUGUUUGUGUGUUGAUAGACACACUAUACUUUCACAAUACAAGUGUAUCAAAUAUUUUUCAUCUUGGUAUCUCGAAAUAUCCACUGAUUUGUACACCUUGUCGAUUUUUCGCUUAUAAUUCCAAUACACAACAUGUUUCGUCGCAUGGCUUACAUCCUCGGUUCACUCACUUUCUUGUUAACUGGCCUUUAAUACUGGGGCCGAUUUUUGUACUUCGACUAUUUACUCAACCUUUGCAAUCUCGUUCGCUAACAUUGUGUGUUGCUUGGGUUAGUGUAGUGUUCCCUACAUUAAUUUUGUCUUUAAUACCUCAUCAAGAGGCACGCUUUCUUAUUCCAUGCUUACCCUAUGCUUGCUUUGUAAUUGGUCAAAGUAUAGAUGGUAAAGCAAGGUUCACAAGACGCUUUUCUUGUCUUUGUAUCAUCUCUUCUAUAUUGUGGAUAAUUCAUCAGUCUGCCUUGAUUAUAUUCUACGGCUAUUUACAUCAAGCUGGUAUAUUGUCUUACAUGAGAACUAUUUCAAUAGAUGUAAACGACUGUGUUACACAUGUAUUCUUUAGAACUUAUAUGCCACCUCGUUUUCCUUUGGGUAUACCUUUGACAAAGUCAUCAAAUGAUGUAAUACAGUCUUGCAUAUCACUUAUUGAUUUAAGUGGAUCAAGUGUGUCUGUGCUGAAUACUACAUUGAACAAUCUCAAAGCAAAUCAAAAUUCCACUGGAAUUAUCAAAUUGGUUUUUCCUGGAUCUUUGUUGACGUUGACCGAUUUCCUCCCUUCCUCUUGGAGUGACACAGUUGCAUCUGAACAAUUUUUCCCACACCUUUCUAUGGAAUAUCCACCGUCGAUUCAACCAUUUACAGACGGAUUUCAUCGAAAUCAGAAUUACCAUAGUGUUAAUGAAUAUUUGAAAUCACAAUUGUCACUGCAUGUGUUGACAUUCAAAGUUUAA